CGUGUAACGCGGUGCAUGCCGUCACAAAGAGCAUUGUCUUCCAUUGUACGCAACCUUCCUUACUAUCGGUCGGGAUCUGCGAUAUGAAAAUUUACCGACGACUUCUCACGAUGAUCUUAUUAAACAAUUGCAUGUCAAUAUUUUUGCUGAGUCUAAAGCUUUUUCCCUCGCGAAAAUAUUUUACUGUAAAUAUACGAACGAAUUUUGCCGAAAUCUACUUGAAAAUCUCCCUCGAUCGAGCCCUCAUUAAUAUUUCGGUUUAAAGAUGCAGUGAAAAAUUAUUACGUUGUAAUUUCCCACUCAACAAUACAAACGUAAGACAAGAUACGUUAUGCACUGUUGAGUAGAAAAUUACAAUUGACGUUACGUAACCGUUAAUUGGUGUUCAUUACGCUGUUUGCGAUACGACAGAUUCUCCGUUCGGAAUCCGUUUCUGCCGACGUCGAAGACGACAUCGACAGGCUCCGCCGGCAAAAGACGAGUUUAAUACGAGCGGAGAUCGCGAUACCGGAAGCCGGAGCGAACCUGCUGGCAUUCUGUUCCCGUUGUAUCGCGAGGUGGUUUGCGCGCUGCGAGGAUCGUGGAAUCUUGGACGUCGCGCUUCGGGAACAGCAACGGACCUGGCAAGACGAGGGUGGCGCGGUAGCAGGCUGCGUGAGCCGUCUCGUGAGCGAGCGUAUGACCACGUGUGACGAAUCGACCCGACGCCGGAGGAGACGCAUUGUCGGCGCGGCAUUGUUACGCCCGCACGAGCGAGAGGAUCGCGCGUGCGUUUCCGGGAAGCGCUGGCUGGCGCGAUUAAUGAGACGCGCGGUAGCGCGGCACGAAAGGAUUGGAUCCUCCCGGCGGCGGCCGCGACUGCCAAACAGCGGCCCUUAUCUCGGCGGCCGGUUAAAUAUUUAUUUCGUCGCGCCGAACGGCAGCGUUUGAUCGGCCGCCGCCGCCGACAAGGCACCUCGGCGCCGCUAUAAAUGCCGCCUGUUGCCUUGCUCCGGAUUCAGUCGGGUACGGAUUAGCGCGACAUACGCUGUGCGCGUGAGGCAACAUGAAGUUCGCUGAGCACCUAUCGGCCCACAUCACGCCCGAGUGGCGCAAGCAGUACAUCAGCUAUGAGGAGAUGAAAGCGAUGCUUUACUCGGCGGUGGAGGAGGCACCGUCGGACGAGAGCGAGGAGCCAGAGGUGAUAUCGCGCCACUUUGCGUCGUUCGACGAGGUUUUUUUCACGUUCUGCGAUCGCGAAUUAAAGAAGAUCAAUACAUUUUACUCAGAAAAACUGGCCGAGGCUACGCGCAAGUACGCGGCUCUACAAAGCGAGCUUAAGACCGCGGUGGAGCUGCAACAGGGAAGCGGGAAAAACAAGGGAAAGGCCAGCGCGAAGCCGCUCCUGCCUACCAGAAAGCUGAGGGAUCUGAAGCUUGCGUUUUCCGAAUUUUACCUUUCCCUGAUCCUCCUUCAGAACUACCAGACCCUUAAUCACACCGGCUUCCGGAAGAUUCUCAAGAAACACGACAAGUUACUGUCGGUUGACGCCGGUACGAAAUGGAGAGUCGAAUGCGUGGAGACGUCGCACUUCUACACGUCCAAGGAUAUAGACAAAUUGAUCCAGGAAACGGAAGCCAUGGUGACGAACGAUCUCGAGGGUGGCGAUCGACAACGCGCUAUGAAACGUCUUCGGGUGCCACCGCUCGGCGAGCACCAGAGUCCGUGGACCACCUUCAAGGUUGGGUUGUUCUCCGGCAGCUUCAUCGUUCUGUCUGUCGCGGUUGUUCUCUCAGCCGUUUUCCACGACACCGGGGAGAAUCUCAAGAUCGCAUUUAGACUGUAUCGAGGUCCGUUCCUCAUUAUUGAGUUUUUGUUCCUUAUCGGGAUUAAUGUCUACGGAUGGAGGUCUUCCGGCGUCAAUCACGUUUUGAUAUUCGAGCUGGAUCCUCGAAAUCAUCUUUCGGAGCAGCAUCUCAUGGAAUUGGCCGCGGUUCUCGGAGUCGUCUGGACGCUUAGCUUGUUAAGUUUCCUAUACAGUGCCAGUCUGAGCAUUCCGCCGUACAUCAACCCGUUAGUACUCGUCAUUAUCAUGACGGUCUUUCUGAUAAAUCCCGUCAGGAUAUUUCGCUACGAGGCUCGUUUCUGGCUGCUGAAAAUCAUAGCGCGCGUUCUGAUAUCACCGUUCGCGUACGUCAAUUUUGCCGACUUCUGGCUGGCGGACCAGUUCAAUAGCUUGGCGACCGCGUUCUUGGACUUGCACUUUUUAAUAUGCUUCUACAUUACGAAUAACGGCGACUGGUUGAAGGCGGGCGACACUACGCAAUGUAUGUCCGGCUCUCUCGUUAUCAGACCCAUUGUGAACUGCUUGCCGGCGUGGUUCCGCUUCGCGCAGUGCGUCCGUAGAUAUCGAGAUUCCAAAGAGGCGUUUCCGCAUUUAGUGAAUGCUGGAAAGUAUUCCACGACGUUUCUCGUUGUUGCCGCCAAUACGUUAUACGCUUAUCAUGCAGCGGAAUAUACUAAUCGAUGGGAGAAUCCAUGGUUGUGGCUGUGGGUGUGUAGCUGCCUUAUUAAUUCGAUAUACUCGUACACGUGGGAUCUUAAGAUGGAUUGGGGCCUUUUAGACAGCAACGCCGGUGAAAAUCGUUUUUUGCGCGAGGAAGUGGUUUACUCGGCAGCCUGGUUUUAUUAUUUCGCAAUAAUAGAAGAUUUUAUACUACGAUUUAUAUGGAUUGCGAGUGUUGUCCUUGUCGAGUGCAGAUAUAUCUCUGGCGAUUUAAUGACUUCUAUAGUAGCGCCUCUCGAGGUCUUCAGACGAUUUGUAUGGAACUUUUUCCGUUUGGAGAACGAACACUUGAACAAUUGCGGUAAAUUCCGCGCCGUGCGCGAUAUCUCGAUAGCGCCUAUAGAAAGCUCCGAUCAAACGCAGAUCUUGCGUAUGAUGGACGAUGAGAACGGUGUACUUAAUAGGGGCAAACGUAAGAGCGGCGGUAAGAAGCAGAGCAAUACAAAGGAGGAAAAACGAGCGCUGCUUAAGGAAGAAACCAUAGAUGUCGAUAUAUCAAAUGCCAGCUGAAUAUAGUUUAAGAUUUUUGUACGAUUGUUAUCUCUAAUUUUCUCCAAUAUAGAAACUCCCGAAACUUUUGGUACUUAGAAGAGACAAUUCGCACGAUUUUGUGAGUGACACACGAUUUCGCUAGAUGUCAGAUGGUUAUCAUGCUUUCCAGCAGAUCCAUGAUUAUAAAAUUGAAAUCAUAGUGCCUUUCGUGCUUCUCUCGUAUAAGAUACUUUACGGUAAUUUGUAACAAUCCACGAUGUAGCCUGCACCAAGAGUCUUCCACCAAAAGCGAGCAGUUGUAGCUUAAAUUAAAAUGUACAAUUUCACGAAUUUUAUAGCUUUUAGAUACAGGCAUGUAUAAACAGAUAUAACGUAUCGUAUGAAGCGUGUGCUUUUGCAUGCGAACUUUGCGAAUUGUUGACGAGUAAGAUCAUUUUGCCUGCCAUUUAGAUGCUAUUAUACACUAUGAUUUUAUUAAUGUAUGUUACCAACAUUUUUUCUACCAAUGCCAUUUUUUAAUAAUAGGUGAUCGAUGCUAUGAGCAAAUACUUACACGAAUAUUGAAAGUAGAAAGAAAGGAAGUAUUUAUACCAAAUAGUCUGAUGUUACUACGCUCAUAUAACAUAAGUGAUACUAAACAUGUAUUAAUACUAGGGAGGCCGUCACAAUGUGCUUUUUUAUACAUAUUGUACUUAUAUCGUGUAGAGUUGUAUUGGCCUAUAUAUGUAGUUAUGCAUUAUUUUCCAACAGCAAGAGGGGUAAAGUAUUAAAUUUGUAAAUUUGACAUUGAAAUUCGCUGAUACUUCGCGUCAUUUGAAUAGCAGCAUUUUGUAUGUGAAAUAGUAUUACACUUAUUCAAUUGUUUUAUAUAAAUAUAUUGUAAGAUAGUAGGAAGAUAGUAGUCUAUUAUAUUAAUUUUGAAGAAGUAGCAGCAAUACAUAUAGUUUUAUAAUAAGGAUUAUUUAAUAUUUUCGAUUGUUAUAUACUUAAUGAAACAUCUGCUCAAUGAGAUGAUAAAAAAUUAUUUUGUUAUAUAUAUUUAUUAUUUCUAUACUUGUUACUAAUCAUUUAUACAAGUGAAAUAAGUUAAUAAAUUAAAUAAUAAAACAUUAUACCGGUAUACAAAACAUUUUAUGGAAUACGAGAUAAAAUACUUUCAUUGCAUCGAACUAAUAAAAAUAUUUGAUUUAAAGUACGUUUGUACUUGCAAAACUGAUAACUUAAAGCAGCUUACAAUUGUCAAAUGUUAUUUUCAUUGCAUAUACAUUAAUAGUAAAUACAUUAAAGCAGAUGGUAAUUCAAGAUUGUAAUUAUAUUUUCUAAAUCAAAGUAUUUGUUGAAAUAAAACAUUUUAAUUUUUAUAUUUAAAUUCUGUAUAUUUGUGUGCAGCAUCUAAAGAUAUGAAUUUUAUAUAUUAGAAUUUGCGUGUAUUCCAACAAAAUUGUGAUGAUGUUAUAUAAAUCAUUUUCUGUGUGAAC